UAGGAGGUCUCUCUCGCAGUCACAGGCUCACACACAAGCGACCGGACACCCGCCGAUAUCACCACCGCUCCCUCUCCGGCCGCCAUGUUGCCGCCGGCCGCCCGCCUCGCGGCCCGCCGCCUCCUCGGCCUCGCCUCCGCCUCCGCCUCACAGUCCGCCGCCCGACGACUAUCCCCGUCUCCGAUCUCCUCCCCCGCCGCGGCCGCCGCCACGGGUUACUUCUCCAGGUCCUUCUCUUCGGCGCUUAACUACCACAUCGAUUCGCCGGACAACAACCCCAACAUGCCGUGGGAGUUCACCAAGGCCAACAUGGACAAGGUCAACGAAAUCCUAUCUCAUUACCCAAGCAACUACAAGCAAUCUGGCAUUAUUCCAAUGCUUGAUCUUGCACAGCAGCAGCAUGGUGGAUGGGUCCCGGUUGCAGCAAUGGACGCCAUUGCUAAAAUAGUUGGAGUUGCACCGAUCAGGGUCUAUGAAGUUGCAACAUUUUACUCAAUGUUCAAUCGGACCAAGGUGGGAAAAUAUCACCUUUUGGUGUGUGGAACUACACCCUGUAUGAUUCGUGGUUCACGUGAUAUCGAAGAUGCCUUGUUAAAACACCUUGGAGUUAAACGGAAUGAGGUGACAAGCGAUGGUUUAUUUUCUGUUGGGGAAAUGGAAUGCAUGGGUUGCUGUGUGAAUGCUCCCAUGAUUGCUGUCGCUGACUAUACCAAAGGUUCAGAUGGUUACACAUACAAUUAUUAUGAAGACCUCACUCCAAAACGAGUCGUUGAGCUCGUUGAAAUGCUGAGAAGAGGAGAAACGCCCCCUCAUGGCACCCAGAACCCAGAGCGGAAAAACUGUGGUCCUGCUGGAGGGAUGACCACCUUGCUAGGCGAGCCAAAGCCUCCCCCAUGCAGGGACCUGGAUGCCUGCUAGUUUUGCUUUGAGUUGCAAGCACACAAAUAAGUCGGCCUGCUCGCACUGUAUGUUGCGGAAACCGUGAACAAUUGAUAGGCGAUUUGAUCUCCUGUUGUUCUCAAAGCUUUCUUGUGGCCAACAAUGGACAUGCGAUUUGAUUGAUCUUUGUUGUUGUCGAAGCUUUCUUUUGUCUGACAAUUGGAUGCGUCUACCUGUCACACACCAUCUCUUAUUUUUUCCUUAUCAUCAGCUAGACUGCCCACUGAUAAAGAUAGUGCUCUUCUGAAGCUGCAGCAUUGUAUCCGGCAUAAGAAUCUGGGGCACUGGAUCGAUUGCUGUUAUGCUACUCCUGCAGUGUUAUAUUGCUGUUGUUCAUGCAUUAAUGUUUGAAUGAACAUGGACCUGGUAUUCUUGGAGAAACUUUUUGAUAUACAAAUUUUCUUAUUCGGUCA